GCGUAGCAUUCUCAUAAUUCGCGCGUUACGCGACUUCACUUCGUUCGAUCCAAAAUGGCAGCACAUUUCGAUUUUCGAUCGCCGAUCGAUAGUUUUCAACAUGUCCGUUUAGGAAGCAACAGAUUCAUUUUAUAAUACACUGUUUAUUUAUUGAAAAUUUAAAUAAGGAACAGUAGAUUUUAUAUUAAUUUCGUUCUUGAUGCAAGUUUGAUUCCUAAAAAGUGGAAAUCAGAUUUAAACCGUUCGCUUUUAGUGCAAGUGCGACGCCCUGAGGGUUGAAAUUUGUACCUCGUCGAAUUUAAAAAAUUGAAACGAAAAUGGUUAAUAUAGAAGAUUACGAAAAAGAAUUGAAGGAGAUGUGCGAGAAAGCCCGAGGAGCAGGAUUCUCCCAAUCGCAAGUUGACGAGGCACUGAACCACAGUUUUGCUAUUGUGCAAAAGAGGAAUCGAAACAAUUCUUAUUGGAUUAAAUAUAUGCUCUUUGCAAGUUUCUUAAUGUUUCUAUGUCUCUUUGUGGGAAUUGGAUACGAUAGGAAGUAUCUAAUGACAACAGUUCAAAGGAACUUGCAAAAUUUCAUAUACCCUGGCUUAAAAUUAUGGAGGAUUUUGGCUUUGUCCGUGAUUCACAAUUACCCUUCUUUAUCAGAAUUGUACGAUGAAUGGUGUUUAAUAGAGAAUCCAUUAUUCUAUGUUAACGAAAUGGACUGCGGGCCCUGCAGCAUAGUCAACUUCGUCCCAGAUUUGAUGAACCACUCAAUCUCCAGGUCGUUCGAUCCUGGGAUUCCUUACUGCAAGACAGAAGACUUCACCGAAUUGCAAAUGAACGAUAUUAGAAGGUUGAUUCAGGAGAAUCAAGGAGUAUUCGAAAGGAAUGCGCAUAAGGUGGUUUCCAACAAUCGAACUUACAGGACUAUAAACGAUUUGAUGCAAAUGGGAGAUUCUUCGAUGGAAAGGAGAAAUCAUAUCGGUUGGAGAAUAAAUCGUAUGGAGCCGGCUAGGAUCGUGCGUGAACUGUUCCCAAGGCCAAGGGAAACGCCGUUAUGGUUCGAACAGAGCAUAGAGAGAUUCAUUCUGUUCGACGAAGCCGAAUCUCCGGCGUACUCGUUGCCUGCCACGGAGUGUGCGAACGUGAUGGUCAGGGUAGCGGCAGGCACGAGGCUGAUUAGGAUCAUUGCGAGCCCCGAGUGUCAUUCGUCUUGCGAACCGAAGACGGUUUUAUUAUCUCCAGGGAAGAUUCUGUGGUACAACUGGUGGUACUGGCGACCGGUAAGCCUGCCCGGUGGCGUUGACCCAAUGAGCCUUACGAUAACUUACAUCGCGUCCUUCUGCUAAUUCAUGCGCAAGCUUCCGUUUGAAGAGCACCGGCAGCAGCGAAAGAAGCGCGAACAAGCAUAGAACGCCGACGCUGUUCCAGGACCAAGCGUCAGCG